AAAAACCACUUGGCCACUAAUACUAGUCAAAAAAUCGAUAAAACCGACGGGAAGUCAAACAUUUCCUACUUUACCGACCAGGUGUGCAGAACAAUUGCGCAUCGAGUGAAAAUUUCAAGCGCCAAAAUGGGAAACGAUAUAAAACUUCCAGCAGUUCAGCGAAAAGACCUCCAAACGAGCCAAAAAUCCGUGCUCAAAGAGUCAAAAGAGCACUUGCUUGACGAGAUCGAGAAAAUUUCACAACGGGUGGCUGCAAUCACCCAACAAAUUGACCAAAUUGAGCACAACUUGAAAGAAAUCAAUCGAAAUAUCGACUAUUAUAAAUCAAUAAUCACGGAGAUGUCAAACGCUUUACACCAACUUGAAAUAGAAGAAAUCAAUGCGAAUCUCUCACGUGAGAAUUACAUUGAAAGAGGAAAACGUUAUUUAGAGCUUUAUGAUGUGGAUGAAGGUGACUUGGGACUUGACCAGUUGGAUGAAUACACUUCUGCCAACAUAACAGAGUUGCAAAAACAAGUCGAGAUAUUAAACGAUGAAGUCGCUAAAAAUGAGGAAAACAUUGCCAAAAAGACGGAACACUUGUCCUUGGACUAGGUUUAAUCUUUUUAUUAAUAAGUAACAAAAACAGUAUUAAUUACAAUGUAAACUUGGUUGAGUUAAUUUGAUUCAACUGUCGUUCAAGCAAAUCGGAUUUUUCUUUCACACUA